GUUGAGAAUUGCUAUCUUUGCUGUCUGAGUCUGCUAAGAUACCCCAAGAUAAUGCACCUGUACGAACACAUUAAGCGACGGGAGACAGCGUGGAACGCUGUGGAUGUGAAUAUCGACGGCGUGAUGGUGCGCGGUCAUGUUAUAGGCCUGGAAGAGAAGCCAGAGAACGAUAGCACGCUACCGCGUCUCGUUACUAAGUAUUUAUUUCGGAAGUCCCACACAGCAUUCUAGGUUAGUCCCCUACGAGGAGGUUUGGGACCGUUCCUCCUUUGACUACGGCUGUGCAGAAGCGGGAGACAGUGUCAUGGUGCUACUGCAUGACGGCCCGGAACUUCCAUGGAAAUGGUAUCCUGGGAAUAUGCGAAAACCGUCGCUCCCGUGUUCAGUGGGCUCGGGGAUAGAGGUAAUCAUGGGUGAGCAGGAACAUCGCGAAGUGAUUCCGGACGACCAGAUUCGCAAUACUUCACGAGAUUGCUUUGAGCCCAAGCGCCUUCCACCGGACCAUUUCGUCAUGCGGACCUGCAGUGUGCCAAACGGUUACUGGGUUUUACAGCCAUCUGUUGCAUCGCUGCUGUUAUAAGAGGUUGAAUGGCGCUUCGAACUUCGUUUUUUUAAAAUUCUCGGCCAGCAAAUGCACUACAUUACGCGGAAGAACAACAGUUUUCGACAUAGCGUCAUUGAAAGAGAGUUCGAGAGAGAAAGAUUAGCCGAGAACACUGAAGAAUCAGAAGUCGAUAAUAAGCAGAUAAAGCCACUGAACGAUAGUGACUAUGGCUUGGAUGGCUUGAAGUCGAAGCCUCCAUUGGAAGUGUUGAGAGAGGUCUUCCUGAUGAUGGACACUAUCGAUCGUCUGCGCUGCCGCCGCAUCUGCUCGCUGUGGGAAGCCAUUCUCAAGUCGGUGGAGCUGUGCCAAGAUGUGCGUGUAGCACAACCCUCGCCAGACCCUUCGUUACCACAAACGUGGAGUUUUGAUUACAUAGUUUACGCUUGCCUUUUUAAGUACGUAACACCCGCCACCCACACCAUCUGCUUCUCCAAACCACCGGAAACUUAUAGUACUUGGGACAUGCGCGACGAUUAUUGGGCUGAUAUACCGCAAGAUCGAGUUGAAGGCCUGCUACAUUAUUCCGGCACGCAAGGUGUUGGCCGUUUGAUCUUGCACCAGCGAUCGAUCAAGAUCAGUCCAACGUGGAUUGGUGCUUCUCCAUGGAACUUGGGUACGCUGAUAAAAGGUAUCGCUGAACAUUUGUCAUUGUUACUGUUAUGCUGUGAUCGUGUGAUCUGGAAGGAUUAUGUUCUGACGAUGCUCAGCUACCAAGGCACACCAUUAAUAGAGUUCCGUAUUCCCGUUGCCGUCUUCACGCGCGAACAAAUCAAAGAGGAGCAUAUUGUGGAACUGCUGGAGCAGCAUCUGCAUUGCGAAGGACCGUUGUUGGAUGUGCAGCGCAUAGACCAGUACAUGCGCUUGGUCGGUGAGAUGGCCGACGACGACGAAAUGGUCCGGGAAGUGACAGAGGCAUGACAACUCUGGCUGAUAUUAUCUUCUGUGCUCGGGUGUACUGUAGAAGUUUGUGUGUUCUGCUAAAAAAUUCUGAAUUCUGCAGAUUUUGGAGAGUAUGGGUUCGGUUCUUCUGCGCGUUCGAAUCCUCCGAUCUGAGUCAGUGCAGACCUGACGCAGGUUUUACUUAAGCAAAGUUUUAAGAUUAAGAUUAAGCAAAGUUUAAGAUUUUUUCUCAGUAGUUUCGCAAGCAGAAGCAACAUUUUCCCACCGCGUACAAUCUGCAUUAAAAUUCUUAUAGUGCACGAGUACUUA